AUUUCCAACGUGCGAUUCCUUGGGAAGGUCGCGGCCAGGGAACGUGCGUGUGCGGGGCUGUGCACCAUAAGGGAAGUAGAUAGGUGGUCGGCUUUUCUGGCAGGAGGAGGAAAAAGCUGUGCUGGUAAGGGUGGGAACUGAAUGACAACCCCCCUCUGCCAAGCCACCCCCUCAUAUUUUCCAUCUACCUCCUCGCUCCUGCCCUCCCCCGCCCUCCCCAACCCACGCCCGAGUGGGCCAAUCGCUGCUCCGCAUUCCAGGCGCUUUCUCAGGUUUCUGCUGAUCUUGCAGCGCCCAGAAAUGGACCGAGCGGACCCGCCGCCGCACGCACCCUGCCCCACUCGGAGCUCCUAACCGCUCCCGGCACGCCGCGUAGCCUCGGCGAGGUCCACGCUGGGGUGCGGGAAGCGGAGGAGAUCCGAGAGCCAUGUAGAUCCAGGCUCUUGCUCGCCCGCCUCCUUCGGGAUUGAAUCAAGGGCUCCCAUAGUGUUAGGAGGGGGCGACAGUGCUGUUUAUCGUCAUUUGCUUCCGAGCCUCGGGAGAGGGUGGCAUUUUGCUUUUCCGCCCCGCAUCCUCCGGAACUCCCUGCACCAGCGAGAGGACGGCGUCUCUAGGUUGCUGGCAACCGGUGAGAAUGGGGGAAGGGAACGGACAUUUCCGCCGUAGCGGCUCGCUCAAUCGAUUGUCCCACUGAAGGGGCGUAGGACGAGGGGGUGAGGGCGGCGACUUUGUCCCGGCGCCUCUCGGAUGCUGCCGCGGCUCCGGCCGCCGCUCCCGCCGGGUACUGCAAAGGCGACCUGCCGCAUUCCGACUGGGGCUCUCCUCCGACUCAGCACCGCCCCUGCGCCAAGCCGGCGGGCCAGCGUCCAUCGAUCGCCCUGGUGGGAGCUUAGAAGGCGGCAGGCGAAGAGGGGUAGGAGGGGGGAGAGCCAAGGAGAAGCAGAGGGGGUGGCAGGCGAGGGGAUCUGCUGAGCUGGCUCUGCACCCGGUCCUAGGAGGGCUCACGGAAGGGAGGGGAGGACAGGGUGACCCCCGAAGUGAUGGCCGGGUCCGCUAGAACGGCACUGCGCUAAGGCACCUCGGAGCAGGAAGAUACACCAAUCCUCCCCCGACCCCACUCUCGGCAAAAAGCUACACCCAGGGCCGCAGGCGAGGGGGAUUCCAAACUGAGUAAAAGGCAGGGUGGAGGGGAAGGUAAGGAGAAGUGAAGUCACAGAUCUCUCCACCUGCUGGCUUUGAAGCCCUUCCCCCUGAGCGUGGGGAAGCUGCGCACUCCGGUGGGGGGGGCGCUUGGGUCCCCCCCACCUCUCCUUUCCCACUGCUUCCCACCCCCGGCCUUCUCCUGGUCUCUCACCCCUGCGCCCUGCUUCCACAAUGACGGUGAUGUCUGGAGAGAACGUGGACGAGGCUUCGGCCGCCCCGGGCCACCCCCAGGAUGGCAGCUACCCCCGGCCGGCGGAGCACGACGACCACGAGUGCUGCGAGCGCGUGGUGAUCAACAUCUCCGGGCUGCGCUUCGAAACGCAACUCAAGACCCUGGCGCAGUUUCCCAACACGCUGCUGGGCAACCCUAAGAAACGCAUGCGCUACUUCGACCCCCUGAGGAACGAGUACUUCUUCGACCGCAACCGGCCCAGCUUCGACGCCAUCCUCUACUACUACCAGUCCGGGGGUCGCCUGCGGAGGCCGGUCAACGUGCCCCUGGACAUGUUCUCUGAGGAGAUCAAAUUUUACGAGCUGGGCGAGGAGGCCAUGGAGAAGUUCCGGGAGGACGAGGGCUUCAUCAAGGAAGAGGAGCGCCCCCUGCCCGAAAAGGAAUACCAGCGCCAGGUGUGGCUGCUCUUCGAGUACCCUGAGAGCUCAGGGCCGGCCCGGGUCAUCGCCAUCGUCUCGGUCAUGGUCAUCCUCAUCUCCAUUGUCAUCUUUUGCCUGGAGACUCUACCGGAGCUGAAGGAUGACAAGGACUUCACAGGCACCGUGCACCGCAUCGAUAACACCACGGUUAUCUACAAUUCCAACAUCUUCACGGACCCCUUCUUCAUCGUGGAAACCCUGUGCAUCAUCUGGUUCUCCUUUGAGCUGGUGGUGCGCUUCUUUGCCUGCCCCAGCAAGACAGACUUCUUCAAAAACAUCAUGAACUUCAUCGACAUUGUGGCCAUCAUCCCCUAUUUCAUCACCCUAGGCACCGAGAUAGCCGAGCAGGAGGGAAACCAGAAGGGCGAGCAGGCCACUUCGCUGGCCAUCCUCAGGGUCAUCCGGUUGGUAAGGGUUUUUAGAAUCUUCAAACUCUCCCGCCACUCUAAGGGCCUCCAGAUCCUGGGCCAGACCCUCAAAGCUAGUAUGAGAGAGCUAGGGCUGCUCAUCUUUUUCCUCUUCAUUGGGGUAAUCCUGUUUUCUAGUGCAGUGUACUUUGCCGAGGCGGAAGAAGCUGAGUCGCACUUCUCCAGUAUCCCCGAUGCUUUCUGGUGGGCGGUGGUGUCCAUGACCACUGUAGGAUACGGUGACAUGUACCCUGUGACAAUUGGAGGCAAGAUCGUGGGCUCCUUGUGUGCCAUCGCUGGUGUGCUGACAAUUGCCCUGCCCGUACCUGUCAUUGUGUCCAAUUUCAACUAUUUCUACCACCGAGAAACUGAGGGGGAAGAGCAGGCUCAGUUGCUCCACGUUAGUUCCCCUAAUUUAGCCUCUGACAGUGACCUCAGUCGGCGCAGUUCCUCCACUAUCAGCAAAUCUGAGUACAUGGAGAUCGAAGAGGAUAUGAAUAAUAGCAUAGCCCAUUAUAGACAGGCCAAUAUCAGAACUGGCAAUUGUACCACAGCUAACCAAAACUGCGUUAAUAAGAGCAAGCUACUGACCGAUGUUUAAAAAGCCAAGCAAGCAAACAAACAAAAGCCCCACUUAGUAGCUUGAAAGACUUAAAAACAAAACAAAACAAAAACCAAACAACAAAAGCCCUAGUGACUGACAUCACUGUUUGUAGAUACUUUACUAAUUAGUCUCUGAAUGCUCUAUUUAACUGUCAAUGCGUUGUUGCAUUGCGGAUUUGGGGGAAUGACGAACCAGAAGCUUUCAAGAUACAAGAAAAGAGAAGCUAUUUUCAUUUUAUUAAAAAAAUGGGAAAAGAAGGUGUAUUUUCUAAAACUGGUUUAAAACAAUUCAGUCCAUGAGCUAGUCUAGGUAAACUAAGAUUCAUAUGCUUCCCCAUACUGAGACUUUUUUAAUCCUUUGGCUUCUUUAAUUUUUUUCUUUUAACUAGAAACCAGAUGAUCAUUUAGAAAUAUAAAAUUUCAGUUUGCAUGGGACUCCAUUAUAAAACUUUUGCAAACUGCACAGCACAUUUAAGACAGUGCAUCUGAUGUAUUAUAUGUAACAUGAUAUACCAGCCAAAAUGGGCAAUGAACAAAUGUUGUUUUUAUUUUGACCAACCUAACUGUAUAUGACAAGGUGAAAACACACACACACACACACACACACACAC